UCAGUCAUGUGACUAAGUCUGACGUGACACAAUAGUGUAAUGAAAAGUGUUGUCAUUGUGAAGUUCUUGUGAAUAAGUCGGGAUGAUGGGGUUGACGAAGACAAGCGCUUGCAGCGUUGUGUUGCUACUUGUCGUGGCAAUUGAUACAGGGUUCUCGAAUCCCCUAAAAUCAAAAGAAUCCUGGGGCUAUGUUGACGUCCGCGAGGGGGCACAUAUGUUCUGGUGGCUUUACUAUACUGACAGCCCGUCCGCCAGCUACUCCCAGCUGCCUCUCGUGAUGUGGCUGCAGGGAGGCCCGGGAGGAUCAGGCUGUGGCUUUGGGAACUUUGAAGAGAUCGGACCCCUGGACAGAGACCUUGAGGCUAGGAAAAACUCCUGGGUUCAGUACUCCAGCGUAUUGUUUGUUGAUAACCCGGUAGGAACAGGCUUCAGCUACACGGACUCAGAUGAGGCCUUCGCUACUGACGUGGCGACGGUCGCCUCCGACAUGCUGGUCCUGCUCAAACAGUUCUUCAACAAGGAGGAAGAGUUCCAGAGCGUGCCCUUCUACAUAUUCUCAGAGUCCUAUGGAGGGAAGAUGGCUGCCGCCAUCUCACUGGAACUCACUAAGGCUGUAGAAAAAGGAACCCUGAAAUGUAACUUUGCUGGAGUGGCUCUGGGAGACUCUUGGAUCUCUCCACUGGACUCUGUUAUGACCUGGGGUCCUUAUCUGUACACCAUGUCCCUGCUAGAUGACUACGGCCUGCGGGAGGUGACCAGUGCAGCGGAGGCUGUGAAGCAGGCGGUGGAUCAGGGGCAGUACCUGAAGGCCACAGAGCUCUGGUCUGUCACUGAGAGUGUCGUGGAACAGAACACAAACGGAGUCAACUUCUACAACAUCCUCACCCAGGAACCUGAUGAGAAGAUGUCCUCCGUGGCUGGAGAAGGAUACCUCUCCCUGCUGAUACGGCACCACAUUAGCCCCCUCCACCGCCAAUCACUGAGCCAGUUGAUGAACGGGCCAAUCAGGAAGAAGCUGGGAAUCAUCCCUCAGAACGUCACCUGGGGGGGUCAGGCUGAGGCAGUGUUCAGCAGCAUGUCAGGUGACUUCAUGAAGCCAGUGGUGGACGUGGUGGAUCAGUUGUUGGAUGCUGGGGUCAACGUCACCGUCUACAACGGUCAGCUCGACCUCAUAGUGGACACCAUGGGCCAGGAGCAAUGGGUGAAGCAGCUGAAGUGGGUGGGGCUCCAGGGCUUCAACCAAAUGAAAUGGACUGCCCUUGAUGACCCCGCCUUCCCGGGUGUGACCGGCGCCUUCUACAAGACCUACAAGAACUUCUCCUUCUACUGGAUCCUCAAGGCUGGUCACAUGAUCCCUUCGGACCAGGGACCCAUGGCACUGCAGAUGCUGAAAAUGAUCACACAGCAGGACUGACACACACACUUGCACUUAAUAACACGCACAGCGCACAUGCUAGAGCUGGACGAUAUGGAGACAAACAAAUCCAGAUUGUGAUUCAUUUACUUUUACUUUUUUUUUGCAAUAUUGUUAAAUCGGCUAUCAGUUAUUUUGGGGGGAGGUGUGCUAAAGCUUGGCAACAUGGACACAAAGUCCUAUUGUGAUAAAACACACAUUUUAUAGUUACAUUUUUGGUUAGUUACUUUACAUUAGCUAAGAGCGUCUUCUGUAAGAUAAGAGCGUCUGCUAAUUGACACAUUUUUAAAUGUAAAUUAGCGUCAGAGCUCUAGACGUGUGUUUCCAGGGCCAGGUAAGACAACUGAGAUGGUAGACUAUGAUUCAAAAAGUAAGAUAUUCCAUCCAACAUAUCCAGGGAAGGCUUGGUUGAUGCGCAACCUGUCAAAAGGAUCCACAAUGAUCACACACAUUUUUGGCCUCUUCAGAGAAUUGGUUGACAUCUUUGUACAUAUUGGCCUGUAGACUAUAUGAUUCACCACCUGAGGAAGGGGGAACUCAAAACUAGAUUACUAACUGUAGACAUAUUGUUGCUAGGUAACCAUGUAGGCUAAUUGAUUAAUCGAUCAGUAAAUGUAGACUAAUGUCCUACAGGAACUUCCCAGCUCUAGGCCUAGGCUACUUUAUGUAGGUCUAUUCACUGCAAAUGGCGUGCUCCACGAGAAGGGUGUAAUUGCGGAUCGCUAUUCUGGGGGUUACUGCAUGUGGUCAUUCUUUCAUCUGCAGGAACCCCUCUUUUUAUAGUUCUAUUGGUCCAUUAUUAAGUUAAGACUGUGAUCGGGGGUGUGGGGGUGUGCCAGUUCAGUAGGGGGGCAGUAAUGAACCAUAACGUUAGAUGCCAACCGCCGAUAAACCCCACCUUCGCCCUGCUUUCUUACAGUUCUGUUAAUGACGUCGAGGGCAGGUGUUUGGCAGGCGGGAGAGAAGGACACUGUGCUAGCUAGGACUCCGCUACACAAGGCGGGAGGCAGCGGUAACUGGUUGGUUGGUAGCUAGCUAGGACUCCGCUACACAAGGCGGGAGGCAGCGGUAACUGGUUGGUUGGUAGCUAGCUAGGACUCCGCUACACAAGGCGGGGGCGGGAGGCAGCGGUAACUGGUUGGUUGGUAGCUAGCUAGGACUCCGCUACACAAGGCGGGAGGCAGCGGUAACUGGUUGGUUGGUAGCUAGGACUCCGGUAGAGUUUGGUUCGCCCCUCAUCAUAAUUUUAUUUCCCUUUUGACCAACAUUUUAAGCUCAUAGAAUAUCAAGUGGCCCACAGGCAUGAAGAUCAAGGCUAACCUACUUCAUGAAGUGAUUUGUUUGACAAUCAGAUGAAAACCAGUCAUGAUGAUGUGUUCAUGCCACAUUUAAAAGGUCAUACAUUUUGACAGUUAAAUGACAUGUCUUUACACAGAGGAGGUCCCAUGAAGAGAAACAAAGUGCCUCCUUAUUGAAAUCAAAUGCCAGUCCAACUGAUUCAUCCUGGCGCCGGCCCUGAGAGACAGGCAGAGACUUUCAUAGCAGGAAACAACAUAAUGCAUAGGCUAUUACUGUUGACCAGAUAAUGGUUCUAGAACAAUCCACAGGGACGUUGUGUAGCAAAAUAACCCAAAAUGUAUGCAAAAUGAUUUGGUACGAGGAAUGCGGUGUCUGUAAUUUUGGGUUUAUCGUCCCAGCUCUAGUACGUACACACUCACUCACUCACUCACUCACUCACUCACUCACUCUGACGCCAGCUGGAAUGGCUCUCCGUCAGAUUUAAGGCAAUCAGGAAGAAUCACCAAAUAUAACCGACUGCUCAGUCCAGCAUCAUCCAUACUGUACCAUUAUCCACCACAAAAUCUGCUUCUAUACUGGUGCACUAUAUAGGGAAUAGUGUGCCAGUUCAGACUGUGCACUAUAUAUCAGUGUUCAGCUCGUCUCUUGCAGCAGUAGCUCUGGUCCAGGGUGUUUUCCCCCCCGGCUUCUCUCCUCACUAUUGGAAGACAACGGUGAGAGAGCAGCUGAAAGACACCCUGCACCAGAGCUACUACAGGGGAUACGGACCGGUACUCGAGAUCUGUUGAUUUCACUGACUGAUUUUCUUUGUAAAUUUGAGCAUGAGAACAAUAAUAAAUAAACUUUUUCUAAAUAGUA